AAAAUACAGCGCUCUCCUUCUACACUGCCAGAGAUACACCGCCUUACAUCUUUGAGCGUCUGCCAGGAGGAUACUUUCCUGAGUCUGAGAGGCUACUAUCGAAGUCAGCACUUCUAUUCUUGCAGUGCUUGCAGGUCACGUAACUAUGCCAUCCGCACCUACUAUGUGCCGAACCCACUUAAUGUACAGAGAAGUUUCAUAUUACUGGUCACCCAAAGCAAAGACCUAGUCGUGAAGAUAGUGCAUGAGAUUUUACGAGAAAGGAGCUCUAGAAGGUCCAAAUAUAUUGCGUUCAAGUUCAAACCUGGAGUGACUAAAAUAACACUCGAUACUCCUAAAGAGCCAUGGACCAAAGAUGGUUGGAGAUUGUGUCCCCUUUCCUCACUCCGUCUCGUGAAAAGUCAUUGGAUAACUACAAAGGAGGACUACUCGUGUCGGCCUUUCAAUUGGAGCUUAAAAUGGUCAAACGUGAACCCAAAGAUCUUGAACAGAGAGUAGGAUUUAUAGGAGUAAAACCAGAAGACAGCCACAUAGAUCACCAGGAGUAAGUCAGUGGCCCUUCCAAACAUCCGUCUGGCCAAUGUCUGUUGAGCAGAGAGCUUUCAGACGAUGCAUCAGUUUUCCAUGACGGAGUAGACCCCAGCAGUCUAGUGCCUUGUGCUCUAUAGCAAAAGCCUACUAACUCCUGAGAGCGUGAAAGGGCCAUACAUUCGCAACAGACAACAGACAGAGAAGGAUCCAAGCUAUUCUAACACACUAGAGCGGCCGCAUUUCAUAGACCUAGCCCUUCCAUGUCAUGUUGGCAGCUCUCGAUCAGAGCCAGCACUGAAUGCAGUUGGACAUAGGAUAAAAGCGAUAUAUGAUGAAGAGCGUGGAACGGUGACCAUGCAGCAAGCGGCCAUUACCACAUGCUCACAGCCAACUUCGCCAGAGCAACUGGUGUCGGUGUCUUUGAUGAGGCUCUUGUAUAAUAUUUUGACACAGAAUUAUUAGCAGUUACCGUAGCUCUAGCUAGAAACUAUUUGAUUAUCUUUAUAUGCAUAGCUAGGUAAUGAUUUGCACAGUGGGGAUAUAAGAACGAUAACAGCAAUUAUAACCCUUGAGUUGAAGA